ACAGCUCCCUGAGCUCUGAACGACCUUCCCUCCCUUCUUGCUUCCCUCCCAUCCACUCACUCACUCACUCUCCCUCCCUCCCCUGCUCACAGUCCAGCCUCUGUCUAGGGAAGAGGCUCUCAAGCAGCCUUAGAUGAUUAUGGAUUUUCUGAGUGAGAAGUUUGCCCUGAAGAGCCAGCCGAGCAAGAACAGUGACUUUUACAUGGGAGCAGGAGGCACUUUGGAGCACGUUAUGGAAACUUUGGACAAUGAGUCCUUUUAUAGCAAAACGUCAGGCAGCAAAUGUGUGCAGGCCUUCAACCCUCUGCAAAGGGCUGAGCAUCAUGUGAGGCUGGAGAGGACAUCACCCUGCCAGGACAACAACGUGAACUAUGGGAUUACUAAAGUGGAAGGACAGCCUCUUCACACAGAGCUGAGCAGGCCCAUGGACAAUUGCAACAAUCUCAGGAUGUCUCCCGUGAAAGGGAUGCAGGAGAAGGGGGAACUGGAUGAACUCGGUGAUAAGUGUGACAGCAAUGUCUCCAGCAGUAAGAAGAGGAGACACAGAACAACUUUCACCAGUUUGCAGCUGGAGGAACUGGAGAAAGUAUUCCAGAAAACUCACUACCCCGAUGUCUAUGUAAGAGAACAGCUAGCUCUGAGAACAGAGCUCACUGAGGCCAGAGUCCAGGUUUGGUUCCAGAAUCGAAGAGCAAAAUGGAGGAAAAGAGAACGCUAUGGUCAAAUCCAGCAAGCUAAGAGCCAUUUUGCUGCCACCUAUGAUAUAUCUGUUCUUCCAAGGACUGACAGCUAUCCUCAGAUUCAGAACAAUCUGUGGGCAGGGAAUGCGGCUAGUGGUUCUGUGGUUACUUCCUGCAUGCUGCCACGAGAUACGUCCUCCUGUAUGACACCUUAUUCCCAUUCACCCCGGACAGAUUCUGGCUACACAGGCUUUUCAAACCACCAGAAUCAGUUCAGCCAUGUGCCCCUCAAUAAUUUUUUCACUGACUCUUUACUUUCUGGGGCAACUAAUGGACAUGCUUUUGAAACCAAGCCGGAGUUUGAAAGGAGGUCCUCCAGCAUUGCAGUUCUACGGAUGAAAGCCAAAGAGCACGCUGCCAAUAUUUCCUGGGCCAUGUAAUAUAGCUGUACCCUUUCUUCAUUUCCUUUUUUUUUUUUUUUUUUU